CAGACUGUUCCAGAAGACCCGGAUAGAACCUCUCGGCCACGCUGAGCCGGGGCGUUGUGCCGCACGCUGCUUUCCGCUUCGUCCUGAGCCCGGGCAGCGAUGGCGGCCGUGAAAACCCUGAACCCCAAGGCCGAGGUGGCCCGCGCGCAGGCGGCGCUGGCGGUUAACAUCAGCGCGGCGCGGGGACUGCAGGACGUGUUGAGGACCAACUUGGGGCCUAAAGGCACCAUGAAGAUGCUCGUUUCUGGCGCCGGAGACAUCAAGCUUACAAAAGAUGGCAACGUGCUGCUUCACGAAAUGCAAAUUCAACACCCUACAGCCUCUUUAAUAGCAAAAGUAGCAACAGCCCAGGAUGAUAUAACUGGUGAUGGUACUACUUCCAAUGUCCUGAUCAUUGGAGAGCUGCUGAAACAGGCAGAUCUCUACAUUUCUGAGGGUCUUCAUCCCAGAAUAAUCACCGAAGGUUUUGAAACUGCAAAGGAAAAGGCCCUGCAGUUUCUGGAACAAGUCAAAGUAAGCAGAGAGAUGGACAGGGAAAUACUUAUGGAUGUGGCCAGAACAUCUCUGCGUACUAAAGUUCAUGCUGAGCUUGCGGAUGUCCUAACAGAGGCUGUGGUGGAUUCCAUUUUGGCCAUUAGAAGGAAAGAUGAACCUAUUGACCUGUUCAUGGUUGAGAUCAUGGAGAUGAAGCAUAAAUCAGAAACUGAUACAAGCUUAAUCAGAGGACUUGUUUUGGACCAUGGGGCACGGCACCCUGAUAUGAAAAAAAGAGUAGAAAAUGCAUACAUUCUCACAUGCAACGUCUCCUUGGAAUACGAGAAAACAGAAGUGAAUUCUGGCUUUUUCUACAAGAGUGCAGAAGAAAGAGAAAAGCUAGUAAAAGCUGAAAGAAAAUUCAUUGAAGAUAGAAUUAAAAAAAUAGUAGAACUGAAAAAGAAGGUCUGUGGUGAUUCAGAUAGAGGAUUUGUUGUUAUUAAUCAAAAGGGAAUUGACCCCCUCUCCUUAGACGCUCUUGCAAAAGAAGGCAUCGUAGCUCUGCGUAGAGCAAAAAGGAGAAACAUGGAGAGGCUGACUCUGGCUUGUGGUGGGGUGGCUCUCAAUUCCUUAGAUGACCUGAAUCCUGACUGUCUGGGACAUGCAGGACUGGUUUAUGAGUAUACUUUGGGGGAAGAGAAGUUCACCUUUAUUGAGAAGUGUAACAAUCCGCGCUCUGUCACGUUGUUGGUGAAAGGACCAAAUAAACACACGCUCACUCAGAUCAAGGACGCAAUAAGAGACGGCUUGAGGGCUGUCAAGAACGCCAUCGAUGAUGGCUGCGUGGUUCCAGGCGCUGGGGCAGUAGAAGUGGCGAUGGCCGGAGCGCUGAUGAAGCACAAGGCCAGCGUCAAGGGUCGGGCCCAGCUCGGAGUCCAAGCGUUUGCCGAUGCCUUGCUCAUUAUUCCCAAGGUCCUUGCUCAGAACUCUGGCUUUGACCUUCAGGAAACACUAGUUAAAAUUCAAGCAGAACAUUCUGAGUCGGGCCAGCUUGUGGGUGUGGACUUGAACACAGGUGAGCCCAUGGUAGCAGCAGAAGCAGGUGUGUGGGAUAACUAUUGUGUGAAGAAACAGUUGCUUCACUCCUGCACUGUGAUUGCCAGCAACAUCCUCCUGGUCGACGAGAUCAUGCGGGCCGGAAUGUCCUCUCUGAGAGGCUGAGCGGAGCUUCCCGCGUACCGUCUGAGUCCUGAAGGCUACAGAGUGAUCCUGAGGAAUAGAGUUGUGGAAUCUUUGUUCAAGCUUCCAGUGAUUUUCAGAGGAAUUUUCUUUUCCACAUGAAAAAGAGGAGAGAACACUUGGCAACUAUUAAAAUUAUGUUGUGGAAUUCUAAUUACAGUAUUUCCUAGUUGCACUGAGUGUACACACAUAGAGCAGGUCCUUUGUAAUUACCCAGAAAACAUGGCUUUGCUUUAGCUUCAUUAACAUAAAAGUUAAUAACUUGUUUAUUAAAUAUUCCUUGAAAAACAA